GCUGGUGACGUGGCACGGAAAGGUGGCCCGGACGCCACAUCCGCCGGUUGAGUGCAGCGGCUGAACGUUUUGCAUGCGGGGCAGAAAUCUGUCGGGUUAGCCUAGGGAGCGUGUUUAGCUUCGGGACGGAAGGGGGCGAUAGGGAACACCGACGGAAGCGACAUCUAUAUUGACCUCGGAACAGGCGGAGAGAUGUCGCGUUGGUAAGCGCUGUACAACAGAGCUACCUUAUCAGCGGAGCGAGGCAAUCACACGUAAACGGCGGACCGCCUGCCAACGAGACCUUCUGAACCAGUCGAGAGUGCACAAGAUGGCCGUGGCCAGUACAUACUUUCGCUGGGUGCAGCCGUCCAGUGUCAUAUUGACGGCUCUCCUCUUCUACGUACUCACGGCGGUGUGGCUGGGGCCGACCCUGGCGCCGGAGGCUUACCUCGGACCGGUGGCACGCCUGCUCCACGCUGCUCACGGUCACUUCAGCAACAACGCCAGACAAGGGCUGAUUGCCACCCCCGUGAUCCACGCGCUGGAGUGCAUGGUGGCCCUGCACCGUUGCCGUCGGCUGGGCAUCCGGGGCGCGACCACCGCCGCCUGGCUGCUCCAAACCCUGCUGUUCGGGAUCGGCUCUCUCAAGUUCCUGCUCUGGCCGAUAGAUGACUCUCACCAGAAGCGACAUUAACGCCGCCGGCGCCUCAUCUCGUCUGUCGCGAACAAUGCUGUUUUUUCGUGCCUGGUCGUGCGGAGAAGCGUCUUUCCGCCGUGACUGAAGGGCCGGUCACUGACUGCGCACCGCGCGGCUGUCCCUGUCAUGGUGUCCCGCCUGCGUGUGUGCAUGUGCACCUCUGUGAGACGCCGCGGGACUGUCCCUGUCAUGCUGUCCCACCUGUGUGUGUGUGUGUGUGUGUGUGUGUGUGUGUGUGUGUGUG